AUGACCUUGAAACCACAAAAGGUUGAACUUCCGGUUUACGUUUUAGAAAAUCAACACAGGUUUCUUUGCUCUGUUUAUAUGCACGUGUUUGUUAAUUUUAAGGAAUCACUGGUACCAAAAUGGCUAUGACUUUACCUCAAGUGAACAUAGAUGAACCUCGAUAUGAUCAGAGUACAUACUCAGGACGAGCUAAACAUUUCUUCAUUACAACAAAUCCUCUUAAUCUCUUCUCAUCGACAACACAACUAGAACAAGCUAAAGAAAUUGUAGAAAAUUACAGAAAAGGUCUUCCAUUACCUGGUUUGACAAUUGAUGAUGUAUGGAAAGCAAAAAAUCUCUAUGAUUCAGCCUACCAUCCUGAUACAAAAGAGAGAAUGUUUAUACUAGGUCGCAUGUCCGCACAAGUUCCUUGUAACAUGACGAUAACAGGCUGCAUGAUGACAUUUUAUCAGACAACUCCAGCAGUAUUAUUUUGGCAGUGGAUUAACCAGUCUUUCAAUGCUGUAGUUAAUUAUACAAAUCGUAGUGGUGAUUCACCUAUACCAUUAAAACAGUUAGGUUUAUCAUAUGUAUUAGCUACAGGAGGAGCAGUUACAACAGCUUUAACUCUUAAUUCUAUGGUCAAAAGGUUUCCACCUAUAAUAGGACGGUUUGUGCCAUUUGCCGCUGUAGCUGCUGCAAACUGUAUCAACAUUCCUUGUAUGAGAAGUCGUGAUUCCACCAUUUAUAAUGAAUUAUUUGGAAAAGAAGCACUUUUUAAAGACUCGUCCAUGGUUAAAUGCUCCUAUACAAGUUGGAAUUAUUGGAGUCUUUUUGGUAUUUGCUACACCAUUGUGUUGUGCUCUGUUUCCACAGAAAAGUACUCGUUUAAAGGAUGCCAUUUUUAA